AUGGGGGUGGGACCGGGGCUUCGGAGAAUAGGAGGGGACGAAUUCGGGGGAAGUAGAGGGGCGGAGGAAGUUGGUGUGCGAAGAAGAGUGGUGGUGCGAGCUGUGGGCCCCGAAAUAGGUUCAAAUGCGGCGUACGAUGUGAUUGGGUCGCUGGGGCUCGAUACACUCACGUUCCUGGUGGCCACCGUUAUUGUUAUCCCGGCUUUCAAAAGCCUCAAAAUAAGCCCGAUUCUCGGAUUUCUUCUAUCGGGUGUUGCUCUUAACGAGUUGGGGCUCAUUCGGAACAUCACCGACGUGAAGGCACUUAGCGAGCUUGGGAUUUUGUUCCUGCUCUUCGAAAUGGGCCUCGAGCUCUCCCUCGAGCGACUCAGAGCACUCGCCAAGUUCGCAUUCGGCAUGGGCCUUCCGCAGGUUCUCCUCACCACGCUUGAUGGAAGUAAGGCCUCCGCAGCCCACCUGUCCUCUCUUGACAGUUCCCUCCCUCCCGCCCUCCCCCUGUCAUCCCUACAGGUUCUCCUAACGACGCUUGCCUUCACAGCGUUCGAGCUGCCAAUCGACAAUGCCAUCGGCACCCGUGCGCUCGAAUUUCUCUUUGGGGCCAAAGCUGAUCUGGUGAACAUCCGGUCGCUAGAUGAGGCCAUUGUCAUUGGAGCUGCUCUUGCGCUCUCCUCAUCCGCCUUCGUGCUUCAGGUGGGCUCAUGCUCAUGCUCUGCACAGGUCUCACGGUCUCUUCAGGGCUCAGACUUCACAGACGAUUCCGUCUUCCCACUGCUCGCUCUGGAAGGAGCCCAGGACUUCACAGACGAUUCCGUCUUCCCUCUGCUCGCCCUGGAAGGAGCCAAGUCGCUGCUGGGGCUCGGAGCUCUGCUUUACACGGGGCGUAUUGCCCUGCGCCGGCUCUUUGAGUUCGUGGCAGAGUCGCGCAGUUCAGAGGCGUUCAUUGCUCUCUGCCUACUCACAGUCACGGGAACAGCUCUCAUUACCAGCAAGCUUGGAUUCAGUGACUCGUUGGGAGCGUUCCUAGCAGGAGCACUGCUGGCGGAGACCAACUACCGCACACAGGUGGAGGCGGACAUCCGCCCCUUCCGAGGGCUGCUGCUGGGUCUCUUCUUCGUCACCACUGGCAGCUCCAUCGACCUCAACCGUUAUUGCUGCCAAAGGUCCUGGCUCCUUGGACUGGACAAUCGCACAAUUGCUGCACCACUCGUCUUUCCUCAUCACUCCCUUAGCGCUUUCCUCCCUCCCUCCACAGCUGCUAGCAUCGGAGAGGCCAACAUCCUGGCGCUACUAGCAGGCCUCAUAGGCAUCAAGGCAGCCAUCGUCACACCUUUCAACUCACUUUCUCCAACUCUUGCAUCGGAGUGGCCAAACAUCCUGGCGCUCCUGACGGGUCUCAUAGGCAUCAAGGCAGCCAUCAUCACAGCCCUCGGCCCACGUGUGGGCCUCACUCUCUCGGAGUCCGUGCGCACGGGGCUGCUGCUGUCCCAGGGGGGCGAGUUCGCCUUCGUCGUCUUUGCCCUGGCCAACCAGCUGGGCGUGCUCCCACUGGAGCUGAACCGGCUGCUCAUCAUCGUUGUGGUGCUAUCCAUGGCGCUCACGCCCUUCCUUGACGCCCUGGGGCGCAGAGCAGCAGAGUACAUUGAAGACAAUAUCGAAUCCAGGGACGCUGCCACCGUUGCUGCUGCGGGCGUGAAAGGCAGCAUGGAAGGCCAGCAGGUGAGUCCAUGUCUCUCUGCUGUUGCUGCCAGGGCCGUGAGUGGUGUGGGUGGCGUGGCGGAGUCUGUUGGUAGACUGGGUGCGGGUGGGAAUGAGACGAUGAGUGAAGCUGAUGGCGGCAUGGAAGGCCAACAGGUGAGUCCAUGCCUCUCUGCUGUUGCUGCCGGGGGCGCAGGGCCGAUAGUCACUCUGGGAUUCAACCGGAUGGGGCAGGUGCUCACCAGUGUACCUUCUCCUCCAUAUUCCCGGAUUAACCCCCUGUUGCUCAUGUCACCAUCACAGGCAGGCGCAUCCCACUCUACUCACUUCGCUGGCGCAGAGCCGAUAGUCAUUUCGGUGUUCAACCAGAUGGGCCAGGUUCUCACCAGUGUACCCUCCCCUCCCUAUCCAUCCAUCCCCGUCUCUCCUACCACCAUCACAGGCAAGGCGCAUCCCACUCUACGCACUUCGCCGGUGCCUCUGUACGCACGGGCAGUGGACGCAGUGCAUCUCUCGGAACUGAGGCGCGCAGGAGCCACUGACGUGGUGCUGGAGAGUGCUGAGACUAGGCUUUAUGCUGCUGCAGGAGAUGGGGGUGAUGCAGGACGACCUGGUGUUUGUGCCAUUUCUCCCUCUCGCCCGCCCCUGAUCCAACCCCUGCUCCUCUUCUCCCCCGUCCCUUCACUGCAGACUGGUCUCCGCCUGGGCUCCAUGCUUCUGCAGGACAUGGGAGUGAUGCGAGACGAUGUGGUGUUUGUGCGGCGCCUCAUGCGGGACGCCAUGGACCAAAGGGCUCUCUCUGCUUCCUCCUCCAAUCCUCCGACCUCAUCUCCUCCCGCCUCUUCUCGAAACUCUCAAGGUAAGGCUUCUCCUUCAUCCCUGGUUGCUACGCGCAGGCUUCGCCUGACGGCAUGCUGCAGUACUCUCUCCGAUGGAGAGGACUUUGUGGACCGGAAUCUCAGUCUUGAUGCCAGUCAGCUACCCGCAGGCGCUACCAUGCCGCCUUCGUUGGACUCGCCAGCAGUGCUGGGAGAGGGGUUCGGCUCGGAAGGAUUGCAAGCCGCGGCGGGUGAGAGGCUGGUCUACUUUUCAGAUGGGGAUGAUUUCGUUGAUGUCAAGCUGGAGCUUCCUCAGUCUGGUGACUUCCCUCGGGAAAAGUAA